UUGUUAUUCGACGAUGCUCGAUGGGUUUCUUCCCAUCUCGAUAAUCUAACCUUUAAACUGUAGACGAAAAGGGCUAAAUAUCUUAUAGGAAGAAUGAUCAAACGUUUGUUUAAAAGAAACAAGACAAUUAGCUGACAAACAGAUCACUGUGCACAAUGGGAGAGGUGAACGUUUGCUUUCAAAUCGACACCGAUAACCGCGAGAACUUUACAUCCAUCGCUGCGUUCCAAACGUUCAGAAAGCAGAGGGAUGCCUUCUACGAUAUAUUGAGAAUCUGGCAGGAGAAUCACUUGGUAUCAGGAUGGGUGUUUCAGAUUGCGUUGGGUGGCAAGAUACGCAGUAUGCUGACGAUGCACAAUGACUCUACUAAUUAUUAUCACAUUGCCAGGCUAUUUAAGUCCCAACUGCUGAUAUCGUGCAUAAAAAAUGGGCAUCAGGACGACACGGUGGAUGAUGACAGCUUGAAUUUUCUCAAAGCCUUGAAGCAUGUUAAUCCUGAAAAAUUGACGCAGCUCAGUAAGAGAUUCGUAACUCCUUUGCCGUCACAAAGUCAGGCUAUCGGCCCUUUAUUUUCUGGCACGCAGGAAUUCUUUAAGGAUUUCAUAUUACACGCGUUUAACCCAAUAUUCUAUGUACAUCUGGAGAACUGCUUCGUGCACGAGAUAAUGGAGCUAAACGGCAGCCAGUUUGCUAACAGUGAAAUAGAAGAUUCAGAGACAAUGGUUGACGAACAAACGCAGCGGAAUUUUACUACUUGUUUGGCCAGCUUGAGGCUCCUUGCAAAGAUAUUAGGACUUUUAGUGUCACUGCCGUACAGACCUGAAUCGAACAUGACUAAGGAGAUCAUGGCGACACAGGUAGAGAUAAGAAGCAAGGUUGUGCCGUCAUUAAACUUACAAGAGUGCCUACAGAGCGCCAUAGUUGAAAGCAAACUCUCGUUGACAAUACCUUGGGUAGUGAAAUAUCUAGCUAUGAUGGAUACAGUCUCGCUGCGGCUACCGUGUUACAAGCAGACCUUAGAACUGUUAUAUUACAUUUACCGCGCUGUUAAUCAGACUGACCUUUCCGCUCCUGAUUGUCUCAUCUCUCAGCAAGCGGCAGUGCUGCUCAAAUCAUGUCUCUGCUGGCUGUUUGAAUUGCCGAAUUUUCCCAAGGAUUUCUGCGCCACUUGGCAGAAGACCUGCAAGAUCAAGGAGCUGAAGAAUUUGAAGCAGAUGGAGAAGCUGUCCGAUAGGCGGAGAAAAGCUUCUCCGUCCUCGCACUCCGCCGACUGUGCGGUUCCCGUCAAGUGUAAUCUUGACAAGUUGGACAUAAUCACCGACCAGACGAUGCGUAUGUGCUGUCCGCGGACGGAAUCGACGUUCUGCGCGUUCCAGGGAAACGGCACGAGCUUGAGCAGCAACUCCAAGCACAUCACACCCGUUACUAGCCAACUGCGUAAAGGGGGCACUACUCACCGCGCGAAACACUUGGAAUUACAACUGGAGGAAGCGUUCUUCCACGGUCAACCGGCUUCCACACGAAAGACCGUCGACUUCGUCUCCGAAAGAGUCGCUUCGACGUGCGUGAAGCAUAUAUGCAACACUUUGUUAGCUUCCUCGCGAGAAGCGAACUUGAACUCCUUCAGAAAGAUCCUGAAACACAAGUACGACAAGAAGGAUCCCGAAGAGCGGAAUGAAUCGUUGACGGAGCACAUUAAGGAGUUUAAGGCUUUGCUGGUCAACGACAUGAACACGCUGGCCAACAACGUGUCACGGAACCUGAAGGAUCAGUGCGAGAAGACGAUCCCGGCGAUCUGCGAGACGCGAGUUGCGACGGCGAUAGAGGCUCUGUUAGCGGAGGAUUCGUUGACGCCGGUGAAGGAGAUGUGCGUAAAGAUCGCGAUCAGGAUGACGACGGAGCGUAUAAAUCAGUGGAUUCAGUCGCACAUCGUCGGCGGCUCUCUCUUCAUAAAGGACAUGGAGCUUGAAAUUAACAGGUUCUUCCGGAACAACAGUCCCGUGCACUCCAAGCAGGAGAGACGUUACAAUGCGGAUCAUGCUAGUCCUUCUACCGUGAUGAGCUUAGUUAGGAAAUUUCUGUGGGACUUACUUGAAAACCAUGGCGAGGAUUUAAGUGUAGAAUCCAUAAUGUCCACUCUGGACAGGCUGCAUCUAUUGUUCAAUCAAAACAACAGUGAUCUACUACCAGGACCGCGGAGAGUUUUGUAUCAGCUUGGUGUGGACUUUAUGCUAGCUUUAGUUGCAUACAGGCCGGAUUUAUUCACGCGAGAAGUCGAGGAUAAGUUCGUCAAGAUAUGGUCGUUGAGUUGUUUGAAAGACGACGAGGCCGAAUCGCCCAUGCACAGACUUCUCAGUCCCAGAAACGUCAUACUGCUUGCGGGAUCCCGUAACUCCGCGUCGUGGUCGACCCUUGGCAAGCUUCUCAAGAGAUUGUUGCAGACGAAGCUGCUGGAUGCGGAUGAUCUGAGCGAUCAGUGCGUUCGCACCUUCUUCAGACAAGCGUGGCCUGUGGACGUGAUGCAGUUUUUGUCAAAGUGCCUGAACGAGGCCAUGGAUGGUUUCCAUGCCACCGACGAAGUGACGGAGAAGGUCAAGUAUCUUCUUGGCUGGAUAGCGGAAACGUGUCACGAUAUUGAAUCUUAUGACGAUUACGGUCUGUAGAUUGACGAAGAGCGAAGGAUACUUUAUGGUAUUAUUAUUCCUUAACCGGGAAACAAUCGAAUCUGUUGAGACAAUUACUUGUAAAUAUGACUCUAUUUUACCUAGCGCGAAACGCGUAAUGCGAAUCGCGAUAGUGUAUAAUAUAAAUACUUGUACAUUAUGUAAAUUCGUCGUUUAGAAUUUUGACGCCGAUGGAUACGGAGCAGUCGUGUUCUCGUUCUUGCACGUGUACGCGACUCGCUAGUGUGCGUAUCGAUGAAAUGUUUUAUGAGCAAGAAAUUAAUUUUGUUCCUUUACAUGCUCGCGCGACGAUCAUUAAUGAAAUUUUAGACUUUGUAUUUUGCGACAUCCGCGACUGUCGAUUGCAUGCGUUAUACGCGCGCUGGAGGAUGAUCUGUCCAAGCCGGCGCGGGCCACGACUCCCGUCAGCGUCUCGGCGUCAGGCUCUCCUCGCAGCGCGUCGAGUUUCCAGCUGCCCUUUGUUCCUCUCGCAAAUUGGGUUAUCCACUUCAUUCCAUCCCUGCGACUACGAAUGCCCGACUAUUACCACGUCCCGCACAAUGUGAAAUCUGAUUAGCGCGCCUCCAGCACGACAGCGCAGUCGUGUAAUGAGAUACUCGUCACCGUAGUCACGUGCCACACAGACAAGUCGACGGAGCUCGACGACAAGCUGGUUUCGUUUCCAACUUUACAUUCUUCGUCUCUGCAUUUAAACUGUAUUUCAAGGGGAUGAAAUAUUGAUAGACGAUUCAUGUAAGUCAGAUGAAAUAGUUCGGCGUUUGUCGACCAACUUGUUAACAAAAAGUGGUUGUCGACAAACUGGUUCGUCGUCCGGCUAACUCAUUAACAACCAAGUUGCGUCCAUCAUCGUAACGAGUCAUUUCACCCCUUUGGGCUAACUACAGAUUCGACAACAUGCACCGUAACGUGUAACUAGCGCGCGUUUGCUAAUUGACUUUCUUGUUUCGCAUAAUGUAUUAUAUCGUUUUGACAAAUCGUACACCUCUGCAUAAUCGCUUGGCGUAUCCACAGCUCUGCGAGUAUCCACUGCUUGGCGUAUCCAUCCAUCGCCUUGAGGGCUUCUCCGUCUCGCUGGAGUAAUGUAACAUGCACCGUUUUCACUGCCACAUGCACACCAUGACGUCCGGUUUCAGAGUCGACUGUAAAUCUUAAGCACCAGCUCUAAGCACAUUUAAUUUGUUAAUGAGAUUUUGCGAAAUUGGUAUCGACAAAAUGAGUUAUUAUUGCUAUUAUCGUCGCUUUGAUAUUGAACAUAAGAAAAAUAAAUCAUUUUAUGAAAACUAA